AAAAAAAAAAAAAAUACAAGUUCUCAAUUUUUUUUCUCUUUAUUCUUCUUUCCUUAUUUUGUUAAGGCACGAAUUGAUUCUCUUUACUUUGUUUGUGAAAGGUACCAAUAAUAAAAAUACAGAGGAUAAGUUAUGGGAGAUUACUCUGAAGAUGAAAGCUCCUAUGAUGCAAGCCAAGGCUCCGAUCUUGAUGAAACCGACCAAGCUUGGUCCAAUGAAGAGGAGGGCUGUGAUGGGUCCUGUUCUGAUGAUAACUACUCUAUGUCAGAGUAUGGAGACGACCCUGAUGAAGCAUAUCCUGAACCAGAGCCCCCUGAUUACUCAUAUGAAGAUACCAGCCACCAAGGAGAGUAUGAAGGAGAAACUGAACCAAAUAUCAGUUUCAAUGAAGAAGAUGAAUUUCCUGGAGAUAAUACAGAACGUGAUGAUCAAGAAAUUGAGCAGGAAGACUCAUGGGAAGAGGAGUCUGGUACUGAAAUCAGCUUAGAAGAAGCAUGUGAGCAUGAAGAAGAGUCUUAUGCAGAAGAAAGACCAUGGUGUGAUUACUCUGAUCGAGAAGAUGAGCCAGAUAGCUUUAUUACUAACUCCGAAAAUGAGGAGGACGCCAUAAGUGAGGCUGGAAGAAAUGUUAAAGAGUCUAAACUUGUCUUGGAUGAAGAGGAAGAAGUUGAAAGUGAGGCCGGAAGAAAUGUUGAUGAAUUUGAAGCACACUCCACAUACUUCUCUGGUUUUGGCCAAAGAGACGAGACUUACCUCAAGUGGGAGGACGAAAUGGAAACCUUGUUCCAGAGGCACCAGUUUCAAGAAGAAAAGAAGCUGCCAUAUGCCACUAAGACACUCACUGGACCUGCUCUUGCAUGGUGGGAAAAAGAGCAAUUUGCUCAAUGGUACUACAAAGAACCGGAUCUUACUUGGGAGAGUUUCAAAUCAGUUUUUCUUGAAGAUUUUGUAAAACAAGAACCAGAUCCAUCCCCUAAGUGUGCUACUCACGUGGUCUAUGCUCCCAGCAACCCUAAGAACUUCAAGGCUGGAAGCAAGCAAGUUAAUCAUCAUCACAGCCCACAAAAGAUGAAACCGGCUGUAGAGAAGAAAACUUUCAAAAGACAAGUGGGUUUACAGCCAAGUUCACUCCAGUGUACAAAGGUGCCAGGCACAUUCUCAUAUUCAAAAGGAAAUUUAGGAUCAGAGAGAAAGAAGGCCGGAUUUGUUCUUGAGAGUAGGAAACCCCAAGAUGAAUCUAAGGCACAAAGUUUACAAAAGCCACCAGCUCCAACAAAUCCAAGUAUAAGGCAAGAAGAUGGACAGCCAAACAAUGCUGAAAGGUUGAAAGAAAGCCAUGGGCAGCACCUGACUUGUCCACAAAACGUUGAAGAAGUUGCAAGAACCAUCCAAAGCACACAUGCUGCCAAUGAGCAAAUCAUUCUUCAACUACCUGAAACUAUUUGGGUAAAUCUGAAUUUAAAUUCUCUUAUUUAUAAUUUUUCAAACCCAGAUAUAAUGCACUUGUUUCCUGGCAAAAGUUUUGAAUUUAUUUCAGGAAUAGAAGUCACUGAUCACAUGGAUGAUCAACACAAGGAGAUUACAAGGUGUUUAGAUGCCAAAGUAAAACAAGAAGUUACCACCAACAACUUCUUGAUUCCAGACGACCCUCAAGGUCUUGCACCACCCACCAAAAGGCCAGAUCACAGCAGAGGAGUAUUCUUGUCGUUCUUACUCAAAGGAGAGCCACAAGAUGUGCCAUCAAAGAGCAAACCGAUCAGAUACCAAGGUAAGGCCCUAGAAUCUCAAAAGAGGAUGAAACCUAACUUGCUCUAUCUUGGUGACCUUGGUGCAGAUUAUCCAGUUUCGAGGUCGAAACUUUUUCAAGGGAGAGGGUAUGAUGUGGGCAUCAAAUCAGUACCUGAACCGGAGGCCAAUCAGUUGCACCAUUCAGCAAACCAAAGGACCAACCAAGAUAUGUGUUCAGUUAAAACGGCGUAUCUUACCGACUCGGAGGAAUUUCACCAUGAAACCAAUUUUCAUGGAUUCUACACUCAAGUAGGGUCCAAUCCCAAUUGGAAUCAGCCCAAAACCAUUCCGGACCAGAAAGAUAUGAAUUUUAUAAACCGGAGGUUUCUCAGCCCGUCCAUCUGCGAGGGUCCGAGUUUAGAAGCAGUUUCAAGCCCAAUGAAGAAGCAUUCUGAUCCAAACCAGUUCAUGGACUUCAAGGUGGAUCUCUUAGCUUUCCAACAACUCAAGAAUGAGGAGAAAAGUCCAUGGAAUUAUGGAGUUAUGGCCCAUUUCCCUAAACCGGUCAAACCAGUUCUGCACCUGCCUUAUUUGGAGUCUCACCGGUUCAAUCAAUCCCAAACCAAGCUAUGGCGACCAGGAGAGACAUCUAACCAUUCAGGAGACCAAUACAAGCAUCCAGGAGAGUCAGAUACAUUCUUACAAUGCACCAGCAUCCAUCAGAUUGUUCAGAAUCAACCAAGACCAUACUUGCCAUUUUUGGAGUCAAAAGCCAUCAAUUCUCAACAGCUCUUUUCCCAUCAAGAUUGGCACGACUUCUACCAAUAUUUCUGCAGUAAAGAUGUUCCUAAGAAGCUUACCUACAGCCUUAAACCGACCAGAUACAAAGCCAUCAUCUCAGCCCUUGAAUCAAGCCAUUUAAACCAAGAAAUCCUCCAACAGCUAGUUUUCUUUAUGUUUGAUUUUCUUUCCUUUGUUUUAUUAUUCUGAGCAAUGGCCACGACCUAUAUAAGCUCAUUCUAUUGCUUUGUACAGAUCACCUUUCAAUCCUUAAGAAAUAAUAUUCAGUUUGUCUUUUAUCAAAGAGUUUCUUUGCAUAAAAAUCUGUUCUUUAGUUUCUAAGUGUGAGAUACAUUAGAAGGCUAUUGAGCUCGUGGUUCUUAGGUUCUUUGUGAGAUACAGGAGCCUUGAAACACAGAUUGAGAGAGUCAAUCAAGCACCCACGGAUUGAGAGAGUCAAUCACCAUCUAUCCACCAUCUUCCAUCUUCAAACAUCUAUCCAUAUUACCAUUCCAUCCCUUUAUCUUUUAGUUUCUGUUCUUGUUUUCAUUAAUCAUAAACUCAUUGUUUUUCCUUUGUUUUCAGGAUAGAUUGGAUCUCAAAGGCCAGCAAGUCGUGCAUCUUCACCAUCCUUUCAUCCGGUCUUCAUCUCCAUCGAUAAGAUCGACCCAUCGACCAUCCCAC